GGGAAAUUUUCGAUCUAGAAUAAUCUCCGGAGUAGAGCAGUAACUGAUAAGGAGGGCGGGAAACAACAAACGAAAGGACUUCCGCAUAGAGGAAAGUGUUCAAAAUCGAAUAAAUUGCCUAGUCUAGCGGUGCCGCCACUGAUGGUCAUCAUACCUAAAGAUGCUGUGGUUGUCAUAGUAACCACGCUUGCGUACCCCCGUGCCCUCACCACGUUGCAUCCUCGUCUCGAACACGUUGCAACAAUACAUCCGUCCUUUUCUUCAUCACUGUCAGCUGGGGCGGUGGCUGCCUCCCCUUGCUGGCUCUAGCGUUUUCUCCUGCAACUCGUGUGCCUGCAUUUAAAUGUUCUGAACAAUUACGUAGUCUAGUGAUUUAGUGGUUAUGUGUCAAAAAAACCGCCGUGUCCGUUUCACGUUGAGAGUAUGACCUGUCGUAUGUCAUCUUAUCAACGCCGUCAUGAUAAGUAUAAAGUACAUUCUCAUACUGACCGUGGUUUGUUGUCUUACGAAAGCUCGAGGUUUUUAUAGUCGGAUAAAUCAGCAGGAAGGCCAUCAAGAAGCGCUUAAUAUCGGUCUCAUUCUUCCUCAUACAAACUUUGGGGUUAGGGAAUAUACAAGGGCUAUUAAUAAUGCGGUCCAGGGUCUUCACAAGUCCAAGGGGAUUCGACUCAACUGGAUUAAGAAAUAUCAGUUCUUGCCGAAGAAUGUUCACAGCGUUCAUAUGAUCCUUAAUCCGAGCCCCACAGCAAUACUCAAGUCGCUAUGCAAGGAAUUUCUAUCGUACAACGUGUCAGCCAUACUCUACCUCAUGAACUAUGAACAGUAUGGCCGCAGCACGGCAUCGGCACAAUAUUUCUUGCAGCUGGCUGGAUAUCUGGGCAUUCCCGUGAUUGCAUGGAACGCUGACAAUUCUGGACUAGAGAGGCGGGCUUCGCAAACUUCCCUCCAACUCCAGCUGGCGCCGUCUUUGGAGCAUCAAACGGCCGCCAUGCUUAGCAUUCUGGAACGCUACAAAUGGCAUCAGUUUUCAGUCGUCACCAGCCUGAUCGCAGGCCAUGAUGAUUUUAUACAGGCUGUGCGAGAAAGAGUGUCUGCCAUGCAGGAUCGUUUCAAAUUCACCAUCUUGAAUGCAGUCCUUGUUGCAAAGAAGGGUGAUCUCUCUGCGUUAGUGGACUCUGAAGCUCGUGUAAUGCUACUCUACUGCACUCGCGAAGAAGCCAUUGGAAUUCUUACUGCUGCUCGUGAUUACCAUCUGACUGGUGAAAACUAUGUUUGGGUGGUGACUCAAAGCGUCAUCGAGAAUCCUCUUCAGGCCCCUAAUCAGUUUCCGGUCGGAAUGCUCGGUGUGCACUUCGAUACUUCCAGCACAAGCCUAGUCAACGAAAUCACUACGGCGAUAAAAGUUUACGCUUAUGGUGUGGAAGAUUACUCAAAUGAUUAUCGUAACUCGGGUAGAUCACUAAAUACUCAACUCUCUUGCGAGGGUGUUGGUGCAUCAAGGUGGGAUACCGGAGAUCGAUUCUUUCGAUAUCUGAGGAAUGUCAGCGUUGAAGCUGACGCUGGAAAGCCUAACCUAGAAUUCACACAAGAUGGUGUUCUGAAAGCUGCGGAAUUGAAGAUUAUGAAUCUGAGACCUGGGGUCAGCAAACAACUAGUAUGGGAGGAGAUAGGAGUAUGGAAGUCCUGGCAAAGAGAAGGGUUGGAUAUCAAGGAUAUCGUGUGGCCUGGGAACAGCCAUACCCCACCUCAAGGCGUUCCAGAGAAGUUUCAUUUGAAAAUAACGUUUCUUGAAGAACCUCCUUAUAUUAAACUUGCACCACCUGAUCCAGUUACAGGAAAAUGUUCGAUGGAUCGUGGUGUACUCUGUCGAGUAGCUAAUGAUGCUGAACUCAACCUGGUCGACAGCACGCUGGCCCACCGCAACGGAAGUUUCUAUCAAUGCUGUUCAGGAUUCUGCAUAGACCUUCUACAAAUGUUUUCCGUUGAAUUGGGAUUCACCUACGAACUUGUUCGCGUGGAAGACGGGAGAUGGGGAACGAACGUCAAUGGAAAAUGGAAUGGAUUGAUUGCUGAUUUGGUGAAUCGAAAAACAGAUAUGGUAAUGACGUCUCUCAUGAUCAAUGCUGAACGUGAAGCAGUGGUUGAUUUCAGUGUACCUUUCAUGGAAACCGGAAUAGCAAUAGUUGUGGCAAAAAGAACAGGAAUCAUUUCACCUACAGCCUUCUUGGAACCUUUUGAUACCGCUUCGUGGAUGUUGGUUGGGGUGGUAGCUAUUCAAGCGGCUACAUUCACCAUUUUUUUAUUCGAAUGGCUUUCACCGAGUGGAUUCAAUAUGAAACUGUCUCUUCACGAGGGGGCUUCAGCAUCACAUCGCUUUUCUCUUUUUCGUACCUACUGGCUCGUUUGGGCCGUACUAUUCCAGGCUGCUGUUCAUGUGGAUUCUCCUAGAGGCUUCACUGCCCGUUUCAUGACUAACGUAUGGGCGAUGUUUGCAGUCGUGUUUCUUGCUAUUUACACUGCCAAUCUCGCUGCGUUCAUGAUUACCAGGGAAGAAUUUUUCGAAUUUUCAGGACUUGACGACCACAGACUUUCUCGACCCUACUCAAACAAGCCACUGAUCAAAUUCGGUACCAUUCCGUGGUCGCACACAGAUUCCACCAUAGCCAAAUAUUACAGGGAUAUGCACAACUACAUGAGGCAGUUCAACAAGUCAACAGUUUCCGAGGGUGUUACUGAUGUACUCAGUGGGGAUCUGGACGCGUUCAUCUACGACGGCACUGUUCUGGAGUAUCUGACAUCGCAAGACGAAGACUGCCGUUUGCUCACCGUGGGUUCAUGGUACGCAAUGACAGGAUAUGGCCUUGCAUUCCCUCGUAACUCUAAGUACAUCAAAAUGUUCAAUAAGAAGCUCCUCGAUUAUAGAGAAAAUGGAGAUCUGGAAAGAUUGAGACGGUAUUGGAUGACGGGGGUAUGUAGACCGGGUAAACAAGAACACAAAAGUUCCGAUCCAUUGGCCUUAGAACAAUUCUUAUCAGCUUUCCUCCUACUUAUGGCUGGUAUACUCCUAGCGGCCAUUUUAUUAUUGCUUGAGUAUCUUUAUUUUAAGUAUGUAAGAAAGCACCUAGCUAAGAAGGAUCGCGGGGGCUGCUGUGCUCUGAUCAGCCGUUCAAUGGGUAAAAGCCUCACCUUUCGAGGCGCCGUUUAUGAGGCGCAAGACAUCCUGAAGAACCAUAGAUGUAAGGAUCCAAUUUGCGAUACGCAUCUUUGGAAGGUGAAGAGGGAGUUGGACAUUGCUAUCUUGAGAUGUAAGCAAUUAGAGAAAGAAAUGGAAUCCCACGGAAUAAAACCACCUCUUCCCAGUAAACGGCGACAACGUAGAACCAACUGUCUUUCCUCCUGCCUGGGUUCUUCCAAUUCACCUGACGUCAUCGUUUCUGGGAAGCAGGCUAGGGCUAGACUGAGAGGAUUGAAUCAAGACAAAGGAAGCUGUUCGGAUGUGUUCGGGCAAAGGACGGAAAUAGCAGAAAUGGAAACGGUGCUGUGAUCAGAAAAAAUCAACAUCAGUAAAAACACCAAUAUUCACUUUGUAUCAUCGUAUCAUCAUAAUAUAUAAAAAUCUGCCAUUACGUGUCAACAUAAACUUAUGAUUGUGGUGCAUUGUUAUUAUUAGAAUUCGUGAGUAGUGAACUGAACUGAAUAAUAAAUUGUAACUUACGAUAUUAUAAUAUUUUUGAUUGAUAA